GCACAGACUUCACAUGGCAGCAGAGAGCAAGCCAAAGACUGCGAGGCGAGUGCCAGAGACCCCCGACUCCACACAGACUCAGGCAGACAAACAAACGCAGGACCGUCCGGCUGGAGAGCUACAAGAACGCAUUUAGAAACAUCUGGAGAGCCAGACAGUGGCUGAAUGACUACCCAGAGAUGAAGGCCAAGUGGUGAUGGACGCUCCCCCAGAAGAUGGAGACUGGGAUAUGGACGUCAGCACCCAGUCUGUCAUUGAGCAGAGCCUGCAGGAGCUUUACAAGGCGGCCCACUGGCCGGCAGCCGUUGAUCCUCAGAGUGAAAGGGUCCUUGCAGGAAGCACCGAAACUGAGCAAAUUUUUGCAGCCAUCGCAGCAGGCGACGAGAAAACGCUGCAGCAGCUGGCUGUCCACCGCUACGCUUUUCGGGAGGCCGACGCUGACGGCUGGCUUCCUCUACACAAGGCGGCUGCACAAAAGGAGAAAUCCAUUCUGGAAAUCACGCUGCAAGCCUCCUCUCCUUCACUUUUGGAGCGGACGACGCUGAAGGGAGAAACGGCACUGCAGCUGUCGGUGAGCCUGGGCCUCGCAGAGAACGCCGCUUUCCUCCUGCUGAAUGGCUGCAGCCCCGACGCCCCCGAUGAAGACGGGGACUCCCCGCUGGUGGCAGCUAUAAAGAGGGGCUCUGCCGACCUGGCCUCGCUGCUCAUCCGCUUCGGUGCGGACGUGAACCGGCCCAGAGUGAACAGACGCACGGCUCUCCACGAGGCAGCGCAGCUCGGCCACAAGGAACUGGUGAGCCUCCUUCUCCAUUCGGGAUCCCAUCCUGACCCCCGGAGUGCAUACGGGCUUACCCCUCUAGCCCUGGCAGCGCAGUAUGGGCACACCGACAUUGUGCGGGUUCUGCUGGAGAAAGGUGCCAGCGUUGACUCUCAGGCCCGGGACUACGCCUCUGUCCUGUUUGAGGCUUCAGCCGCUGGAAACCCUGACACCAUUGCAUUACUCUUGGAGUAUGGUGCGGAUGCCAACGUGCCCAAGCACUCUGGACAUCUUCCUAUCCAUCGCUGUGCCUACAGGGGGCAUCUGACGGCUCUCGAGCUGCUGAUCCCAGCGACGGACCGAACAGCAAUCAAAGACAGCGGAAUGAGCCCCCUUCACUCUGCCGCGGCCGGUGGUCACUACAAGUGUCUGGAUCUCCUCCUCAAGUCAGACUACGACGUCAACCUCAUGCUGGACCGGCGGGUGAGCAGGGGCUACGACGACCACCGGAGGUCUGCCCUUUACUUCGCAGUGUCCAAUAACGACAUCCCCUGCACAAAACUGCUUUUGGAGGCCGGUGCUUUGCCAAACCAGGACCCCGUAAACUGUCUGCAGGUGGCGCUGCGCAUCGGCAACUACGAGCUGAUCAGCCUCCUGCUGCGCUACGGGGCCAACGUCAACUACUUCUGUAGAGUCAACACCACCCACUUCCCGUCCGCCCUGCAGUACGCGCUCAAGGACGAGAUGAUCCUCCGAAUGCUGCUCAGCUACGGCUACGACGUCUGCCGCUGCUUCGACUGCCCUCACGGCGACAGUUGUCACGUUCCCAGUGACUAUGAAGGAUGGUCACCAGCAGUCAUCAAAGACAAUAUGUUCUGUGAGGUGAUCACAUUGUCAUGGCUGAAGCACCUCUCCGGAAAGGUUGUGCGCACCAUGCUGGAUUACAUGGAUCACGUCCGCUUCUGUUCCAAACUCAAAGCCGUUCUGGUCGAGCAAAAGCAGUGGCCGGAAAUCUGCCACAUUCAGGAAAAUCCCCGCUGCCUGAUGCACCUCUGCUGCCUGAAGAUUCGAAAAUGUGUCGGACGUCUCCGCCUGCGAGCCCCCUUCUUCAUGGCCUUCCUGCCCCUGCCUGAUCGCCUCAAGAAGUUCAUUUUGUACAAAGACUUCACUUUGAAUUUUUAGGGCCGCCACAUCACCUGCGAACAAGAAACAAGACGGAGUGAAGCACGGAAGGAGCGGCUGAAGCCGAUACUUCUGGAGAGGAGCUGUGGCCAGGGCUCACUGCUGCUCGUGAUUACAGGAGAUUCAGAACAAACAUUUUAUAAAAUUACUCUGUGUGUGUGUGUGGGUGGGUGGGUGUUGAGCCGUUU